AUAUAUUAAACCACCAUGCAACAGUUGUUGAUCACCCACCUGUCCACAGUUGAUUAUGCAGAAACUAAUCAUUGAAAUAUUCAAGUGUAUUAGAAGAAUGAAUAAGAUGAUAUUUCUCCAGAUGAUUCUUCUGUUUCUCAUAGCUUUGGUUUCCUCGGCUAUAAUACAAGGAGAUGGAAAAAAACAAACGGUUAGCGAAAGGAAUAAUGAUGUGAAGCCAUCAGAAACACAGUAUUGUACAGGACAAACUACAAACUUACGGCUAAAUCAAGGACAAUCCCUAGAUCUAGAAACCCCAGUCGGGAUUAAUGGAACUUUUCUGUCAGGUUGUCAGGACUCCUGGGAUGUGGCGAUCUAUAAAGAUAGUCAAGAACUAAGUCAAUGGAGAAUCAAGGUUGAGAUUAUUGAUAUGAACCUGCCUUGUUCUUCCUCUGGCUUCAGGAUCAUGGAGGACGCAAAUCGUCGGCAAAAUGUUCUUUACUGCAAUGAAAAGAGGACGACUGAUAGUCAGGAGAUAUUCUUUUCUCAUGAGCACUUCAUUCAACUCAAGUUCGCUAAUGAGAAUGUGUGUAGAGAGGCAGAUGGAUGCAUUAACCUCAGAUUCAAAUUUAGAAUAAGGUAA